AUGAUUUUCUGUUUCAUUCUGAUUUUUCUUCUUCCGCAUCAAUUGCUUACUGUAGAGUGGAGCAAUGGAACUCUUUCCAGAUGGAAAAGAGUUCAGAAGUCGAGAGUUACAAUUGUAGACCCAAGUUUGGUCACAGGACCAAACAGUCUUCUCAAUCUAGCGGAGUUGACUACUAGAAACUUAGAAGAGUACAUCGGAGAAAUGGAUCAUCCAACAACUACAGAGAAAGCCCUUGAGUUUGUGGCGACGUAUGGAUUGCUCGCAAACGAACGCGAGUGUGAACAGGACUGGUGUAGCCAGUACAUGUCUCUGGUCAAGGAUUCCAGUAAAAAAAUGAUAUGCUAG